AUGACCCCAGACGGGCUAGCCGAGGCCCGGCAGCAUUAUUACAGCCCCAUUUCAGCUCUCGCCUCAUUACAACCAGGAAGUGCUCUGUUGUCCUCGGGGGGAGCCGGCCACUCCAAGACCAACAUAGUGAGUCUGGAUACUGGGCUGUCAAAUUAGACAGACACGCGUAGUACACGUGCACCUUGCAGACACACACAUGUCUGCAGACACGUGAAACGGACGUCAGUUUGCUGCUAUCAGUAUAGCAUCCUCCACUGUCCAUGUCCCCAAACUGGGCUCGAACCAGUGAUCCUCUGCUCGCAAACACAAGUGACCACCCUCCUUGAUAACGUACCAACCGUUUAAACUAUCAGAAAAGAUCUAAUUCGAUAGCUUCAAGCAAGCUGUGGAGUGAGCUUACGCUACGUUCUUAACUCUGUUACACAUGCAAGCAUGCACACACUCGCACACAAUUUGUCUUGACAUUUUUGGACUCUGUAUUAAUAAUUUUUUCAGAAUGCUAUGAAUUUACCCUCACUCCAGAGGAAACCACUGUCCACUCCACAAGAUAACCUAAAUGUCUACCACAGAGCAGAGUGUGUGGGCAUGGUGAGUGGGUAGAUGUCUUACAGCAGCUAGAUCAGAGCUCAUUGUCAGUCAGAGCCAUCAGCCAGAGAUAUGGCUGGCAACAACAAAAUGAAUUAAACACACUGUACAGCACAGCACAACACAGUAGGACAGUACAGCACAACUCAACACAACACAACACAGCACAGUACAUUACUGCACAAUACAACCCAUAGACAGCCUCUCUCUCCCCCAGGGCUAUAGAGGACAGAAGCAAAUGUUUGCAUGCACAACUUGUUUGCAAAUCAUUCAUUUAAACUUAAUGGUGUGAAAAUGUUCUCCUUUUUCCAGUGUGGCUUUUGAUGCUCUAAGUAUUUACAUGGCCAACAAACAUCAUUGUGUAUAUCUGGAAGAGAUGGAGAGGAGAGAGGAGGAACAUAUGUGUGAAAAACUAACUUAAUGCCUAGCACUUACUGCUCCACUCUCCUCCUGUUUUCCACAGCAUUACCCUCAUACUGUAAUCAUUACCCUCAAACUGUAAUCAUAACCCUCAUACUGCAAUCAUUACCCUCAUACUGUAAUCAUAACCCUCAUACUGAGCGUCUGCUAAAUGAGGUAAAUGUAAAUGUAAUACUGUAAUCAUGUCCCUCAAAAUGUAAUCAUUUCCCCCCAUAAUGUAAUCAUAACCAUCAUACUGUAAUCAUAACCCUCAUAAUGUAAUCAUUACCCUCAUACUGUAAUCGUUACCCUCAUACUGUAAUCAUUACCCUCAUACUGUAAUCAUAACCCUCAUACUGUAAUCAUAACCCUCAUACUGUAAUCAUUACCCUCACACGGUAUUCAUUACACUCGUACUGUAGUCAUUACCCUUAUACUGUAAUCAUUAACCUCAUACUGUAAUCAUUACCCUCAAACUGUAAUCACGCAUGCAGCGUGUGCGUGUGUGUGUGUGUGUGUGUGGAGGUUUCAUGAAAUGUCAACAGUAUUUUGCCUCGCCUUGGUACAGAGUGUGUCUUUGGUCUGGGUGAGGUGUCAAAAGCUUUUCGCCACGAGUGCUUUUAGGUCUUGUGAAAUGUCAACAGCGGUUGGCUUCACGCGUGUUAGCCUCAUGUAACUUAUUUGGUGUUUUGAAAUGUCAACAGAAGAUCUGUUGCAGUCACUGUAUGUCCAGGCCCUGAAGUGGUGUGUGUGUGUGUGUGUGUGUGUGUGCGUGCGUGUGUAUGUAUGUGCAUUUGUGUCUGUGUGUGCACGUGUGCGUAUUCUAUGCUGAGGGUUUUUUAGCUAUACUUGUCAGAUCCAUCAGAUGUGGUCAAGCUGCCCCCAUGGCGUUGUCCAUCUGAGAUUAGUCAUGCUCUGGUGGAUGUGAAUGUAGUGGCCCUGCUUCAGUCAUCUCUCUGUGAGAUGGAGAUUGGAUAAUGAUAGGAAUGAUGAUGAUCAGAGCCAUGUAUUUAGAGCCAUGUUAGCUCCCCAUUAACAUUACAUGGAGAAUAUCUUUUACAAAUACUAUAAAACUGAAUGCCUAGAAUGAGCAUUAUGAUGCAUUUACAUGACACUACAACUAUGGCAGCCAUGUUAGCUCUCCAUUAACAUUACAUGCUAUGUAACUGAAUGUCUAGAAUUAGAACAAUAUUAAAAAUUCUAAAAGUCGGCCUAACUCUCCAAAUACAGUAUAUAGCUCUGAUGAUAAUGAUGACGACAACAGAGAUGUUGGAUGAUGAACAUGAUGAUGAUGAUAUGGAUGAGAAUAAAGAGGAAGGAUUGUAAACAGUAUGCUGCUGGCUGUGAGGAAGCUUGUCUGUUUUAAUCCUGCCUUAUAAGGCCCAGUGAGGGCGGAUUACUGCAGCCAGGCCUGUGCAGCUGGAAAGUGCCUGCAGCCUGAUUGAUGCCUUUCACCAUGGUCCAUCCCCACUCCUAUCUCAUUCAUCUGUCUCUGUCGUCAAUCCCUCACUGUUGUCAGAGAGUCAUCCUCUUGUUUCCUCUCUCAGCUAUUCCCUCACUCAAUCACUAAGUCACUGCUCUCGACCCAUUAUGAUAGGUUAGGGGGAUUUAAAGAGAGAUGGAGGGAUGGAGGGAAUGUGGGAUCAUUGAUUAGGUUGUAAUUGGAUUGACAUGGGGAUUGGGAGGGUGAAGAUCUCCCCCCUCAUUAUGCUAGACCAGUUGUUAGACUGAGGAAACAGAAGACUGUGGUGGCAGUUGUUACACAUGGCUAAGCAUCCAAAGAAACUCAGUCUUGAUGAAGUUUUUGACGUCGAGAGUCAAGUGGUGGGAGCGUUUUGUUUUUCUUUGGUGUUUUUACAAAUCUCACAGUGGUGGUGAGCAAGGCACUACUUUAUUAAACCAGAGAAGUCACAAUGAGAUUUACGUCUCUUUUUUUUUUCUAUGAGGAGGAGGACGGCCCUCAGAGGGACACAUAAGGCCACACACAGAGUCACAGUCACAUGCUCCUCUCCAUCGGUCCAAAACCAGCUCCUCAAUCCACUGUGUUACUGAUCCCAUCGCCAGCCGCACCCAGUGACCAGCCAAACUGAUUUAAUGUUGUGACAUUAGGUGCCCUUAAGUCUAGGAGUAGAACAAAAGAAUGUGACCUUGAAUAGAGUGGGGCUUUAUCCCCCGUCCUGGGAGGCCCACUAGGAGGCAGAUACCAUGACCCGGUUACCCAGCCUGUCCUGUUGGCACGCCCUGUUGGUACACAGAUGCCCAACCAACAGAGCGUUAGUGUUAGUGGGGCCAUAAACUGCAACAGCAAGACAGAGGGCAUUUUUGGGGACCUGGCUGGCACCCCUCUCACAUGGGUUUUCUAACCUGUCAUCCCCGUAACGUCAGUAUUUACGCCAGUGUGAAGUUAAUACAGUGUUUUGAUACUGUGGUUAAAGGAUCAAAAUCAAUGGCGUUGUGUAGAGGGUUUGAUAUCUGCUACCCCUAUAAUGAAAUGCUCAAUAUCAUAGGGGUAUAUUACUGGACCUGGAGGUCAGGCAAAUGUUUAGUCUUGUCUUGUGUCCUCUGUGCUUAUUCCUCUUAUACAUGUGAGUGGUUCUGUGUCUGUGUGUGUAAUAUGUGUGAGUGUGUGUGUUAUUGUAAGCGAGUGUGUACUGUGUGUAUAUUCAUCUGUGGCUCCUUCCUUCACCCAUUUUACAUAAAGCUCUCCGCUACCGUGACAACUGUGUCCAUGGAGACUUGAGGGUGUCUGGGAGGAAGUGUUUGCCUCUGAGACUCUCUUCAACCAGGAAUAUAGAUGAGCUACAGCUGCUCUAUUUGCUGCCCGCCUGCCUGCCUGCCUGCCUGCCUGCCUGCCCACUCUGUCCACUCCACAACAUAACCUGGCUGCAUUGAUGCAAAUAUGUGUUGUGUGUGUGUGAAUGCAUGUUUGUAUACCAAUAUAUGUUAAUCUGUUUCUCAAUGCAUACUGGAUGUGUGAACAUGUUAGAGUACACAUACACUCUAAAACUGUGGCUAUAAGUGGCUGCUGGUGAUAGGCCAACAUCAAAUAUGUUUAUAGUUAAUUUUAUCCAUGUACUCUGUUGACAUUGUGCAGGAUUAUAAAUCCAGCACUUAAAAUAGAAACAAGAGGGAAUCAUAUGGGCUUAAUUGUAAAACCUGUGAGGGUAUGAUGAUGAAGGGUGGGAAGAGUUUGUGGAGUAAAGCUUGUGCACUAUCAAACACAAGGGCUUUUAUAUUGAUAAAGGGACCAGCAAAUUCUUAUGGAUCUCUCGCUCUCUCUCUCACUCUCUCUCUCUCACUCACUUACGCACUCACUCACACGUGACUGCACACACACAGGUGCCAGAGCCUCUGCCUUGGUUAACCCUCAGUGACUGUACUUCACAUCACCAUAACUCUGACCCACUCCUGUCUCUUCCUGUUCUCUAACCUCCCUGACUGACCAAUCAGCAAGUCUUCCUCAUUAUGCUAAGCCAAUUAGAUAUGACAUAACCGAGCCAUGUAUUAUUAGACAUGUGACAUUACCACCAUCUCUUUCAUUAUAUGAUAUAAUCUAUUAUUAGUACUCAUGAUGAUAUAACCAAGCAUGUUACUCACUAUGAAGGACCACAGUGUUCACAAUAACUGUAAGUUUCAUAUUUUAUAUUUAGUUUAUUAAAUGUCUAGUGUAUAUCUGAUUUCUCCUUUCACUAUUUGGUAUUUUGGUAUUUUAUUUGGUAUUUUAUUAGGAUCCCCGUUAGCUGUUGCAAAAGCAGCAGCUACUCUUCCUGGGGUCCACAGAAAACAUGAAACAUGACAUAAAACAGAACAUUAAUAGACAAGAACAGCUCAAGGACAGAACUACGUACUUUUUUAAAAAAAGCCACACGUAGCCUACAUAUCAAUACAUACACAUAAACUAUCUAGGUUAAAUAGGGGAGAGGCAUUGUGCCGUAAGGUGUUGCUUUAUCUGUUUUUUGAAACCAGGUUAGCUGUUUAUUUGAGCAAUAUGAGAUGGAACGGAGUUCCAUGCAAUAAUGGCACUAUAUAAUACUGUACGCUUUCUUGAAUUUGUUCUGGAUUUGGGGAUUGUGAAAAGACCCCUGGUGGCAUGUCUGGUGGGGUAAGUGAGUGUGUCAGAGCUGUGUGUAAGUUGACUAUACAAACAAUUUGGUAUUUUCAACACAUUAAUGUUUCUUAUAAAAAGAGGAAGUGACGCAGUCAGUCUCUCCUCAACUCUUAGCCAAGAGAGGUUGGCAUGCAUAGUAUUUACAGUACCAGUCAAAAGUUUGGACACACCUACUCAAGGGUUUUUCUUUAUUUGUACUAUUUUCUACAUUGUAUAAUAAUAGUGAAGACAUCAAAACUUUGAAAUAACACAUAUGGAAUCACAUAGUAACCAAAAAAGUGUUAAACAAAUCAAAAUAUAUUUUAUAUUUGAGAUUCUUCAAAGUAGCCACCCUUUGCCUUGAUGACAGCUUUGCACACUCUUGGGAUUCAAUACAAUGUAGAAAAUAGUAAAAAUUAAGAAAAACCCUUGAAUGAGUAGGUGUGUCCAAACUUUUGACUGGUACUGUAUAUUAGCCCUCUGAUUACAAUGAAGAGCAAGACGUGCCGCUCUGUUUAGGGCCAGCUGCAGCUUAACUAGCAGCACUUGACCACAUGACUGGACAAUAAUCAAGAUAAGACAAAACUAGAGCCUGCAAAACUUGGUUUUUGGAGCGUGGUGUCAAAAAAGCAGAACAUCUCUUUAUUACGGACAGACCUCUCCCCAUCUUUACAACCAUUGAAUCUAGUAAUUUAGUCUCCUCAACUUGCUCAACAGCCACACCAUUCAUUACCAGAUUCAGCUGAGGUCUAGAACUUAGGGAAUGAUUUGUACCAAAUACAAUGCUCUCAGUUUUAGAGAUGUUGAAUCAUCAGCAUACAUGGACACACAUGCUUUGUUUAAUGCCAGUGGCAGGUCAUUGGUAAAAAUAGAAAAGAGUAGAGGGCAUAGAGAGCUGCCCUGCGGUACACCACACUUUACAUGUUUGACAUUAUAGAAGCUUCCAUUAUAGAAAACCCUUGAGUUCUAUUAGAUAGAUAGCUCUGAAUCCACAAUAUGGCAGAGGUUGAAAAGCCAUAACACAUACGUUUUUUCAACAGGUUAUGGUCAAUAAUAUCUAAGGCUGCACUGAAAUCUAACAGUACAGCUCCCACAAUCUUCUUAUUAUCAAUUUCUUUCAACCAAUCAUCAGUCAUUUGUGUCAGGGCAGUAGAUAUUGACUGCCCUUCUUUAUAAGCAUGCUGAAGGUCUGUUGUUAAUUUGUUUACAGAGAAAUAGCAUUGUAUUUGGUCAAACACCAUUUUUUCCAACAGUUUGCUAAGAGCUGGCGGCAAGCUUAUAGGUUUGCUGUUAGAACCAAUAAAGGCCGCUUUACCACUCUUGGGUAGCGGAAUUACUUUGGCUUCCAUCCAGGCCUGAGGACAAAGACUUUCCUCUAGGCUCAGAUAAAAAUAUAUGACAGAUAGGAGUGGCUAUAUAAUUAGCUACCAUCCUAUGCACUUUAAUAAAUGAAAUGAAUCAAAGUGAACAAAUGAUUGCAUUAGUCUUGAUCCAUUUGGAUGACUAGAUCGAAUAGCCUUGUUAAUUAAAACAACCCCAAUCACCCAGAUAUAUAUAUACAGUGCAUUCGGAAAGUAUUCAGACCCCUUGACCUUUUCCACAUUUUGUAACGUUACAGCCUUAUUCUAAAAUUGAUUAAAUAGUUUUUUUUCCCCCCUCAUCAAUCUACACACAAUACCCCAUAAUUACAAAGUAAAACAGGCUUUUAGAACUUUUUGCAAAUGUAUUAAGAAUAGAAAACUGAAACAGUACAUUUACAUACGUUUUCAGACCCUUUACUCAGUACUUUGUUGAAGCACCUUUGGCAGCAAUUACAGCCUUGAGUCUUCUUGGGUAUGACGCUACAAGCUUCACAUACCUGUAUUUGGGGAGUUUCUCCCAUUCUUCUCUGCAGAUCCUCUCAAGCUGUCAGGUUGGAUGGGGAGCGUCGCUGCACAGCUAUUUUCAGGUCUCUCCAGAGAUGUUAGAUCGGGUUCAAGUCCGGGCUCUGGCUGGGCCACUCAAGAACAUUCAGAGACUUGUCCCGAAGCCAAUCCUGCAUUGUCUUGGCUAUGUGCUUAGGGUAGUUGUCCUGUUGGAAGGGGAACCUUCGCCCCAGUCUCAGGUCCUGAACGCUCUGGAGCAGGUUUUCAUCAAGCAUCUCUCUGUACUUUGCUCCGUUCAUCUUUCCCUCAAACCUGACUAGUCUCCCAGUGCCUGCUGCUGAAAAACAUCCCCACAGCAUGAUUCUGCCACCACCAUGCUUCACCGUAGGGAUGGUGCCAGGUUUCCUCCUGACGUGAUGCUUUGCAUUCAGGCCAAAUAGUUCAAUCUUGGUUUCAUCAGACCAGAGAAUCUUGUUGGUCUGAGAGUCUUUAGGUGCCUUUUGGCAAACUCCAAGUGGGCUGUCAUGUGCCUUUUACUAAGGAGUGGCUUCCGUCUGGCCACUCUACCAUAAAGGCCUGAUUGGUGGAGUGCUGCAGAGAUGAUUGUCCUUCUGGAAGGUUCUCCCAUCUCCACAAAGGAACUCUGGAGCUCUGUCAGAGUGUCCAUCGGGUUCUUGGUCACCUCCCUGACCAAGGCCCUUCUCCCCCGAUUGCUCAGUUUGACCAGGCGGCCAGCUCUAGGAAGAGUCUUGGUGGUUCCAAACUUCUUCCAUUUAAGAAUGGAGGCCACUGUAUUCUUGGGGACCUUCAAUGCUGCAGACAUUUUUUGGUACCCUUCCCCAGAUCUGUGCCUCGACACAAUCCUGUUUCGGAGCUCUAUGGACAAUUCCUUCGUCCUCAUGGUUUGGUUUCUGGUCUGACAUGCACUAUCAACUGUGGGACCUUAUAUAUAUUUUUUGUCAUUUUAGCAGAAGCUCUUAUCCAGAGCGACUUACAGUUAGUGAGUGCAUACAUUUUUAAAAUUGUUAUACAGACAGGUGUGUGCCUUUCCAAAUCAUGUCCAAUCAUUUUAAUUUACCACAGAUGUUUCUACAAAUUGAUUGGAGCCCACCUCAAGGAUGAUCAAUGGAAACAGGAUGAGCUGAGCUCAAUUUCGAGUCUCAUAGCAAAGGGUCUAAAUACUUAUGUAAAUAAGGUAUUUCAGUUUUUUAUUUUUACUACAUUUCCUAACAUUUCUAAACUUGUUUUCACAAAAUUAAUUUUAUAAAUUUUAGAGUAAGGCUGUAAUGUAACAAAAUGUGGAAAAAGUAUUGGGGUCUGAAUACUUUCAGAAUACACUGUAUAUAUAUAUAUAUAUAUAUAUAUAUAUAUAUAUAUAUAUAGUAUAUAUUACAUUAUUAUUUUUUUAUUUUUUAUUAGCUGUUGAAGAAGCAGAAGCUAUUUUUCCUGGGGUCCACACAAAACAUAGAACAUGACAAAAUACAGAAUACUAAUGGCCAGGAACAGCAACAUAAAUAUAAACAAAGGCCACUACGACUAUUUAAAAUAUAAGAAGAAGAAGAAAGAGAAAAUAAAUAAAAAUAAAUAAAUGAAUAACACUAAGAAUAAUGUGUGGGCGUGUGUGUGUAUGUGUCUCUUCAAAGUCCGCGUUGUUCCUUGGGGUUUUGAUUUAUCCGUUUUUUUCAAACUGAUUUUAUUGCUUGCCUGAGUUACCUGAGGUAGAAGAGAAUUCCAUGUAAACAUUGCUCUAUACAGUACUGUGCGUCUCCCAGCCUCUGUUCUGGACUUGGGGACUGUGAAGAGACCCCCGAGACCCCUGAGUUUUUGGGCUGUUCGUUAACUGGCUGAACAGACAAUUCGGUACCUUCAGAACGUCAGUACUUCUUACAAAGACCAGCAGUGAUGCAGUCAAUCUCUCCUCCACUCUGGACCAGGAGAGACUGACAUAUAUGGUAUUGACAUUGGCCCUCCGUGUACAUUUGAGGGCCAUACGUGCUAUUCUCUUCUGGGCCAGCUGCAGCUUUUCUAGGUCAUUUUUUUAAAGACCUGACCAUACACCUGGACAAUAGUCAAGAUGCGACAAAACCAGAGCUUGCAGGACUUGUUUGGUUGCAUGUGAUGUUAAUCAAGCAGAGCAUCUCUUUAUCACAGGCAAACCUCUCCCCAUCUUUACAAUAAUAUAAUCAAUAUGCUUUGACCCUGACAGUUUUCAAUCAAAUAGAACACCAAGAAGUUUACCCUUACAAAAAAAUAUAUAUAUCAAGUGAAAUGUUCACGAGUCAGACACAUGGUUUUCGGACACAGGUGUGAAGUUUCACAUGUUCAUUUUUCACGUGUUUUUCCCUCAUGAAAAAAUAGCAUUUUUUUUUCUUCACAUUAUAGUUUUCAUCACUUCCAGCUACAUCUGGUCUCCCAUCCAGGGACUCUAUUAAAGGUGUUUAAAGGGGCAAUCCUUAAUUGAAACAUGAACAAAGUGUUCCCCCUGCCACUGUUUCGGUAAAAGCUGAGGGAUGGGGCUGGAGAAAUGCAAGCACUCUCAAAUCCAUAGACUAUAAUAUCAAAAUAAUAGUUGUAACCAUGUUUUUAGGCUAUACAUUUACUUUGUUUACAAACAUUGGAGUAAAUGUGGAGUUUUCUUACAUGUGAACCUGCAAAUUAUAAUUCUUUUCACAUUUGAUUUAUUUUCAUGUGACCUUGCAAAUCCACAUGUGAAAGUGAGAUUUUUACAUGUUGAGGUUUUUUACAUGUGAAAUGACACAAUUCUCCUCACCUGAAAAGGAGGUGUUAACAUGCAAACUCUAAAUGUAAUAAUAUGGUUUCACGUGAAAUUUAAGCUCAGCCAUUUUACAUGUGUUGUUUUGUAAGGGUAGUCUCUUCUAUUUGCUCAACAGCCACAUUAUUCAUUUCCAGAUUCAGCUGAAGUCCAGUACGUAGGGAGUGAUUUGUACCAAAUACAAUGCUUUUGGUUUGUUCAGGACAAGUUUAUUCCUAGCCACCCAUUCUUAAACUGACUGCAACUCUUUUUUUUAGGGUUGAAGUGUCUGGGGUUGGGUGCAGUGGAGGU